AUGUCCUCCAACGACCGAAACUCACCGCCUCUCCACUCGCCGGAUGGCCGCAGGCGUGCUUCAGUCACGAGCCAGACUUUCCAGGACCUGUUUGGCCGGUCCAACAGCUAUGUAGGCCAGCCAAUCCAGGCCUCAGGCCCAAUCACCACAGCUGCGGCCAACGCUCAACGACGGCGGUUGUCGCUCACUACUAUUGGCCUGGGUGCCUCGCCUGGCCAGACGUCACCCUUCCUCCAGACCCCACGGACCCGCACCGAGAGCAUCUCCAGUGCCAACUCUGGCUCGGUCGAUGAGAGCCCCUUUGAGGAUGAUUAUGCUCUUUCCGCAUCGACCAGCAGCAGCAACCCGGCAACACCCUUUGCUCGACGCCUGAGCUUCGGAGCUCGUGCAAUGCGGGAUGUUAGGCAGAGCAACGGAGGCGUUGGGAACCCAAAUGGUAGACCACCCAUCCAUAAAGCUUCCUCUCCCCCGACUGGUCGAGGUCGAGGUCUGUCUUCAUUGUCGCAGUCAUUGCCCUCUUCCUCUACAUUGCUUCGUCCUUUCUCCCACUCCCAUUCGCGCCGAUCCGCUUCCAUUUCGCACAUCUGGCCCUCCACCAUUGCAGAGCAACCCGAGUACUUGCUUGAAAACUACUCGCUAACAUCGUCCUCAACAGGCGAAGGUUACAAUUUCGCUGAGAACCUCCGGUCCCGAGCCGAGCGGGGCUCCGUCUCCGGCCCCUCUCCGAUGCUGAAUCCCUCCGGAACGACACACCACCGUGCUAAGAGCGUUACUAUUAUGGAGCCACCUGCCCGCGAGAUGCCAAAGCCCAGGGUUCCCGAUGCCAUGCAAGAGCGUAUCCUCAAGGGUGACUUCUACAUGGACUAG